AUCAUCAUUACACGGAUUUAUUUUUAUUUUUACAAAUGCCAUUAAGCCCGUGACCGGUGACCGGAAUGGAAAUACAUACGAGCCGACCGGGAGAAGUUGUUUGAACCGGGAGAGCGCACUGCAAGGAGAAACUCAUGGCGGGGGUCAGCGGAUGAGGUGGGCUGUUCUCCACGACCCAUCAUGGACGGUCGGCCCCUCCACCAUCCCGAAGCCUCCCGUCCCUCUGGAUCCUGCUCCCUUACGCGCCGCAGUAGCUGAGCCUUGAGACCUGGGCCCCGUCCCCCCGCGUCCCCUCCGCAGGCCGUCGGGACCAUGACGCAGAUGGACUGCAAAUACAGCCUGCUGGGCUCCGCGGUGGACGACUACCGCAGGAGGCCGUUGCUCCUGCAGGUGGACGACGCGCCCGUGAACCUGUUCGCCGUCCUGGAGGUGAAGCGGGAGCUGCCGCGGCGAUGGAGCGCGCUGGCCGGCUUCCGCAAGGUCCGGCUCUACAGCUUCCUGUUCGGCCUGGCCGUCACGUUCCUCAUCAUGGCGUCGUACAUCCUGACGGGAGACAAGAAGGGCCUCCUGCUCACCCCUUCGCCGUACCACUUCAGCAGCCUGGUCAGUCUGGGACCUUUCGCCUUCAACCUCUCGUCGGUCAGGGACAACGCACAUAUGAAACUGGUGGUGAAGUCCAUCGCGUCCAAGGUGGAGUUUCGCAGCGGUCGACAGCUCCCGGAGUUCAAAGCACUGGUUGACACUGAACCACAUAUGUUUUCUGCCGUCCCUCGCAAAUUCCUGCCCGGUGUCAAGAACCCAUGCUGGUACGAGGAAUACACUGGGAAUAUCACCGCGGACCCUUACAGGACAAACCUGUACGCGCGCUACUCCAGGCGCUUCCGAACGGUGUUUCAGCACCUGAGGAACACUUUCCGAGAACACUUGAUCCACCGCGAGGGGAAGCCGUACCGCAUGCGGUGCCUUCCGUACUUCUACAUCAUCGGCCAGCCAAAGUGCGGCACGACGGACCUGUACGACAGACUGAGGCUGCACCCGGACGUCAAGUUCACCACUUUCAAAGAGCCGCACUGGUGGACCCGCAAGAGGUUUGGUAUCAUCCGUCUGAGCGAGGGCUUUCACGACCGGUACCCAGUGGAGGACUACCUGGACCUGUUCGAUCAGGCUGCUUACCAAAUCCAGGGAAACCUCACGGUGAAUGCCAGCCAACCCGACAUCAUCAUCGGAGAAGCCAGCGCGUCCACCAUGUGGGACAACAACGCCUGGGUGUACUUCUACGACAACACCAGCGAGGGAGAGCCUCCCUUCCUCAUCCAGGACUUCGUCCACGCCCUGCAGCCCGACGCCCGAUUCAUCAUCAUGCUCAGGGACCCGGUGGAAAGGCUCUACUCAGACUACCUUUACUUCGGCAUUUCCAACAAGUCCGCGGAGGAUUUCCACGAGAAGGUGUCAGAGUCGCUGCAGCUAUUCGAAGGGUGCCUUACGGAGUACACGAUGCGCUCCUGUGUCUACAACACUACCGUCAACAACGCCAUGCCAGUCAGGCUGCAGGUUGGCCUGUACAUCGUGUACUUGAUGGACUGGCUCACCGUCUUCAGCAGGGAACAGAUUCUGGUCCUGCGGUUGGAAGACCAUGCCUCCAACAGGAAAUACACAAUGCACAAAGUCUUUGACUUCCUGCACCUGGGGCCUCUGACAAAAGAAAAAGAGUCAGAGAUCACGAGAAGUCCAGCAUCCAAUACCAGGAGGCCGGCUGACAAAAACCUGGGUCCCAUGCUGCCCAUCACCAAAGAGAUCCUGAGGGAUUUCUACACGCCGUUCAACGAGAAGUUGGCCAAAGUCCUGCGGAAUGAGUCUUUCUCCUGGGAGAGCACCUCCGAACACUGAACCACCCACCUACCUUUUACUACCGUUUAGAAACCACUGAUGUGUCAGCCAGACCCUUCAUUUGAGCCUCCUCUCUCAUAAGUGCCCAUGAAAAAUCUGUUUUUUUAUAUAUAUAAAUUAUUUUCUAAGUUAUAAAAGCAGAGAUAAAUCAAAGAUAGCAAAUAGCACAAGAGAGAGUGAUGAUUUUGUGUGUGUGACAGAAUGAGAGAAUGCAUUUAAGAGAAAAAGAGAUAUUGGCGAGUCUUGAUUGUAUGUGGUUUUUCGGGACCGGAUGAAAUGAAAUAGUGAAUUCAAAGCUAUUAAAACUGAGUCCUGUCUUUUUUUGGUUUGAUUAAUUAAAAGAUAUUAAGAUCAUA